ACCUCAUACCGGGCUCGAAGCGAUAAGAGGCGGCUGAGUUCUCGUCCCUUCGAUACUUUGAGUUACAUAAGUGAUUUUUGUUUCAUCUACCUUUUGUGCUGCCACUCUGAACUUUUACAAUUUCAGCAUGGUUACUCGUGUAAUCACCUCUGCGUUUUUAAGCGCUGUACGCAAUAAAAGUUUGCAGGAAGGAAUACCAGCAGCAGCAGCCUCCAUCAAUUUUCCAACCUUCAAACAGCCAAUCCGUUUUCAUCAUUGCGAAUCAACUGGACCCAAAGUUCAGCAUCCAGCUCCAGACUUCAAAGGCACUGCUGUUAUCAAUGGAGAUUUUAAAGAGAUCAAAUUGUCAGAUUUUGCAGGAAAAUACUUAGUUUUGUUCUUCUAUCCUUUAGAUUUCACCUUUGUUUGUCCAACUGAAAUUAUUGCCUUCAGUGAUCGCUACAAGGAAUUUAAAGACAUCAACACAGAAGUAGUUGCUUGCUCUUGUGACUCUCAUUUCACCCACCUUGCUUGGAUCAGAACACCGAGAAAUGAAGGUGGCCUAGGACCCAUACAUUAUCCAUUAUUAGCAGAUUUUUCUAAAACAAUUGCUGAAAGUUAUGAGGUGCUAAUAAAACCAGACGGAAUUCCUCUUCGUGGACUCUUUCUAAUAGACCCCAAUGGAGUUUUACGGCAGAAGACAGUGAAUGAUCUACCCGUUGGACGUAGCGUGGAUGAAACACUACGCCUUGUGAAAGCGUUCCAAUUUGUGGAGAAACAUGGUGAAGUUUGUCCCGCCAACUGGACACCGGACUCUCCAACUAUUAAACCAAAUCCAGAAGCAUCUAAGGAGUACUUCAACAAAGUAAAUAAAUAAUCAUAAAAUUAGAAGACAUCAAUCCUCCCCCUGGAUCAUUAAAGUAUGACUUUCACAGUUCAAGAUGGUUGUCCAAGUUUUCCGCAAAAAAGAAAGCACUUUAACUUAUUUACUUGCAAGUCAAUGGUCCUGUAAAUUCUUGUUUAAGUUUGGUUUUUUGCAUUGGUUUUAUGAAAUUGUGACUGAAAAAAGGUGAUCAAGAGUAUUUUAAUGUUUUGAAAUAAGAGCCUUAGGUGAUACAGUUAUUUAGAUGUAGUAUCCUGCUUUAUCUCAUAGCCUGCAUUUUGCAUUACGUGCACUUAAGUUCUCUUUAUAUUUUUCAAUUUUGGCUUUCAUUUUAAAUUGAGUACACCUGCAAUAAAGUGGCUCUAUCAAUAUAUUUGAAUUCAAUCCUAUCCUCUCACGAUAUUGUUGUUGCCACACCUUACAAAGUCUAAAUUUGAAUUUUUUACUGUAAUGUUUUUUAUAUCUGAAAUAAAUGUUUUACUUUGAA